GGACACACGACCUUCACAUCAAAAGACUAUGCCAAUCAGACGUUCGUUGAAACGGCGGCGUGUCGAUGAUGGCUCUGGAACCAUCGCAGAAAGCAACGAUGGUGAGCGAUCUGCUAGCCCACUCAUGUCGCUUCAACGCGAGGUCUCGCCUCCACCAGCGAAAACGGUAGCGGAGCAGCGCAGGACGGCGCUUGGUGAUGAGCCGAAGGACAGGGCAAAAGAUGAAGGCGCAAAGGAACGCGAAAGCUCAAGCGCUGCAACGAAAUUCAUGCCCACGUGGACGUGGCCAGCAGUGUUGGCAACAGACAAGCCGGGAAAAGUUGCCAAAGCACCGUCCGAGUCGAAGACUGGGCCGGCGGAGACAAGUCGAAGUGAGGAGCAAGGAAGACCAACUCCACGGGGCGGCCAGAAUCCGAGGGCAAAGCUGAUCGCGUCCCCAAUACAGCUGACGCGAAUUCGCGAUCUUCCGCCCUCGCACAACGUCGACACAGUGUCGCUGCGCGACAUCCUAGGUCACCCCCUGCUCAAGGAGUGCUGGCAGUUCAAUUAUCUGCACUCCAUCCCCUGGAUCCUGGAGCACUUUGACGCCGACGUGCGUAACCUGGUGUCGUUGAAGGUCGUGCACGGGUUCUGGCGCAACGACGACGGGCGCAAGCAGAGCCUCCAGGAACAGGCCGACGCCGCCGUUCGAUCCGGCGCCCGGGUCCAGCUCGUGGCCGCGCACAUGCCUGAGAUGUUUGGGACGCACCAUACCAAGAUGAUGAUCCUCUUCCGCCACGACGACCUCGCCAUGGUGGUCAUCCACACCGCCAACAUGAUCGAGCAAGACUGGACGAAUCUAACGCAGGCCGUCUGGAGAUCGCCGUGGCUGCCGCUACUCACGCACGACGGCGGGCAUGAACGCGACGACGACGACAAGGGCGAGGCCGAGGCCGAGGACGAGGCCUACGAGAUUGGUACGGGCCAGCGCUUCAAAGCGGACUUGGUGAGGUAUUUGAAGGCGUACGAGUCACGCACGAGGACCUUGGUUCGCGAGCUGAGGCGAUACGACUUCAGCAGCGUCAAGGCGGCACUUGUUGCCAGUGCUCCAAGUAAAGCGUCGCUUGAUGGUGUCCAGGCUACGAAGACGACGGCAUUCGGAUGGCCGGGCCUAAAGCAGAUACUUUCGCGCAUACCUGCCGGCGUCACGGCGGCGCGAAACACGCCCGUCGUCAACGUGCAGGUGUCUUCGAUCGCCACCCUGACGGAAAAGUGGAUACACAACCUCCAGGACGUUCUGGCUGCUCACGCAAAGCCGCCGUCUGCGGACAGAUCGACGGCUAAGCCAAAGUACCACAUCAUUUUCCCUACCGCGGCAGAGAUCCGAAACAGUCUGGACGGGUACGCGUCUGGGGCGUCGAUACAUAUGAAGCUCAAGAGCGCCGCCCAGCAAAAGCAGCUCCAGCUUCUCAGGCCGAUGCUCUGCCACUGGGACGGCCCCGGCCAUGACGCUGGCGCUGCGACGGGUGCUGCGAGAGAGGCGUUCAGGAGCCGGGCGGCGCCGCACAUAAAGACGUACGUUCGCUUCAGAGACUCGGCUUGCAGCGAGAUAGACUGGGCGAUGGUCACGAGUGCAAAUCUGUCGCAGCAAGCCUGGGGCGCCACCCAGGACAAGGACGGACUUGUAAGGAUCAGCAGCUACGAGCUUGGGGUUGUCGUCUGGCCCGACUUGUUCAGGGACGACGACGGAGGCAAAGUGAUGAUGGUGCCUACGUUUGGGAAAGACACGCCUGCGCACGACGCUGCUCGUGACGACGUGCGUGGCGUGGUGGGGUUUCGCAUGCCGUACAGCCUACCGCUGGUCCCGUACCGCAAGGAGGAGGUGCCAUGGUGCAACUCCGACACGCACGCGGAGCCAGACUGGAUGGGCGUGGUUUGGAACACCAGCGAGGGUCAGAUGUAGGCGGCGGACGGAC